UAUGUUUCUCUCUCAAAAUUCCUUCUCCCCUUUGCAUGUCGCUUGAAAAUCAUCGAAAAUGCCGAUAAAUCUUGGAGAAGGGGGAAACUUUUUUCGAAACCUCUGAUGGUUUCGUGUUCUCACCGGCCAUCUGUUUGUUUAUCUUUGGAUUUGCGAUUCUGGGCUAAGGGUCGAUCAUCGGAUUCUCUGUCGCUUGAGAAAGACAAGGGUUUAGGGUUUUCAGAAGAAUCUGGUUCCGAGUUCGAAAAUGGCGGGGAACUCAGGGACUUCUUCAACGCGUUCCGGCAAAUCGGAACUUCCGUUUAUGAAGCAGGAAUUCCCAGUGUUGUUCGUUAAGGAGGAGACAAUGACGACAGCGAGAGACCACAACACUCUGAAGCAGAAGUGCGAGUUCCUGUCUGAGAAUCUCGAGUUCGAGAAAUCUAGGAACAUGGGUUUGGAGAAAGAGAUGAAGGAACUCCAUGAUCGGUUUUUCGGGCUGAAGCGGGAAACGAUGCUCUUCCGGGAAGAGAAAUUGAGGGGGAAACGCCAGAGAGAGGAAUACGAGAAGCUGUUAGAAGAGAUGAAAGCUAAGGAGAGAGAAAGUAUCAAGACGAUAGGCGAGUUGAAAGAGGAAAUCCAGGAGCUUUCCAUGGCGAAGGGGAGAGCAGAGAUGGAGGUGGAGACGUGGAAAAGUAGGUUAAGCGAGUUGGAGAAGAUGGUAAUGGAGGUUGCAAAGGAUUGCUUGGAAGUGAGGUCUUUGUAUCUAAACCAGAUGAAUCGGGUAGGGACCGGAGAGAAAACCGGCAUUCUCAGCAAGAAGAACACGUCAAUGGCGAAAGAUGCAGAUGUGAUAAACAUCAGUGACAGUGAGGAAGACGAGAACAAUCUCCCUGGAGAUGGGUUAGAAAGCUGCAGAGGAGGCAAGAGUUUAGAGAGAAACCGAAAAGGUGGCAAGAGAUUCAGGAUCUCGCCAGACCAUAAUCGAGAUUCCGUCUCUUCCUGCAAAUUCGAAGGACGGAUUUCUAACGCGGGAUUCACUCCUCGACCCCUUUCACCUUCGUCAUCAUCAACAGACGCAUCUUCCUCGGAUUCUGAUGCAGGAGUUCAGAAUCCUGGGCUCUUCGUCUCGUCUAGGAUCAGACAGGAAAAAUCGGUAGCUUAAAAGGCCCUGUAUCUGAGGCUGUCUCUAAGCAAAAUCAUGAAAUAUGCUUUUGACUUUUGUGCUGUGAACACAAAGACUUGGAAGUGAGACACAGCCACAGUACAUUUUGGAAUGUUAAAUUAUCUUUUGAGAUAACAGCUAAUUAGGAUUUAGGACACAACUAGUUCCUUGAUCUCUGGAGCAUGCUACCAUUUUAGGUCCAGUUUCAAUGUCUGUUAAGGUAAAUGUAAAAAUGCAUCAUUUGAAUGAAUGAUAUAAUAUUAUCCAUA